AUGUCCCUCGUCCACCUCUCACACGUGUGUUCGCACCUCCAGAACGUCUCCAAAGCGCGGCUAGGCCUCACCUCCGUCCCCUCGACAAACAUGAUCCUGACCCUCACGCUCGCCCUCCAACAGUCCGGGUUCCUCUCGUCCGUCACCCGCGGCGGCCUGACGCCUCCUCCGCUCGACAACCUCUCGUCAUAUGUGCCCGAGCCCGUCACGCAGCAGAAUAUCAGCACGCGACGUCUGUGGCUGGGGAUGAAGUAUUGGAAUAAUGAGCCCGUGUUGAGUAGUAUGAGUAUGGUUAGUAAGCCGACCAAGAGGGUGUGGAUGGAUGUUGAGGGGCUGGGGAGGAUUGUUAGAGGGAGGGAGGCGGGAUUUGUGAAGGGGUUGACGAAGCCGGGAGAGUGUAUGUUUGUUAGUACUGAUAAGGGGAUUUUGGAGGCAAGGGAGUGCGUGGAGAGGAAGGUUGGGGGGAUGUUGUUGUGUAGGGUGUUGUGA